AUGGGUCUAAAAAGCAUACUGUAUUUCAAGGAAGAUUGUGUUAACAAAAGCAUUGCUAGAGGCAAAAUGGGCUCGGAUGAAAUCGACUGCGGAAACUUGUUCGACCAGAUUGACGAUUUGAUCGAAUUCCCACCUGAAAGUGAGUGUGGUGAUGGUGAUUUAGUUGGUUCGGGUGAUGGCAAGGAUUUUUUCCCGUCAUGGAUAAACGAGGCCUUGCCGGAUUCUGACCCGUUUCUACCGGGCGGGCAUGUGGACCACUCAUCAGACCUCUCUGCUGAGCUAUCUGUGCCGUAUGAGGACAUAGCCCAGCUCGAAUGGCUAUCGACUUUCAUGGAGGACUCGUUUUCGGGUCGAGGGCUAACCCUCCCGAAAGACAGUUACAUGUUCUCGAAAAACGAGACCACGAGCCCGGUCUCCGUGUUAGAAAGCAGCAGCAGCAGCAGCUCUUCCUCCAUCGGCAAAACCGGGCCUCCUCUCAGCCCGAACCACCGCAGCCCACAGCGUGCCCGGAGCAAGCGUCCCCGCCGGCCCGCUAUCCAGCUCAUCUCCCCCUCGAAAUGCCUGCACUGUGAGAUAACCAAGACCCCUCAGUGGCGGGCCGGGCCGAUGGGACCAAAGACACUUUGCAAUGCAUGUGGGGUCCGCUACAAGUCGGGCCGGUUAUUCCCAGAGUACCGGCCAGCAGCCAGCCCGACAUUCGUCCCAGCCCUGCACUCAAAUUCGCAUAAGAAGGUCCUCGAGAUGAGGGGCAAAGGCGAUGCGGGGUCCAGACAAGUCUCGGAGGUAGUAGUUAUGCCUAAUGCCUAA